ACACAAGAACUCGAGGUCCAGGGAACAACCAGUUCUGACCAGACCUCCAUGCCGCUGGAUCGGCUCUCGCCAUCCAUGUUCCCAAGCAUUGCCAGAGAUCGACUCUAACGAGGUCACCAGCGGCACGUUUUUGAUUUGGGCUGGCGAUGAUAUAUUAGGUAGUUUGGAUUCGGUACUGUACAUCAGUUGCAUUCUGUCCGAGGACGGAAAGAGAAAACAAGGUUUUGUGUCUGAGGAGAAAUUCACAGAUUUAGUUGCUGAAAAUGCUCAAUUCAAUAAGGCUCUCAUGGCUCUCUUGUUGUGUUAGUUUUUUUGUUCUUAAUUAUGGUAUGAAAAGCAAAUCGAACCCUUAAGAAGAGGGUUUGAAGGUAUUGUUUAUUAUAUCAAGAACUUUGCUGAAGGUAUUGGGCACAUGCAUUUCGUAAUACGAUUGUUGAAGGUAUUGUUUAUUAUAUCAAGAACUUUGCUGUUGUUGAUAACAAGAACCGGUAUCGUGUUGUGGGAGACAACAAAGUUAUGAUCCAACUGUAUGCAAACUCUACUGUCAAACGCCUUCCUGAUGAUACAUCCAACAUCCCAAUGCAUCGCUUUGACCUACUACCCUUUGAUAUGGUUGAGACCAGAAUGAACCAAGAAUAUAUCCUUACAGAUGUAGUUGGUCACAUUUGUAGUGAGGGCAAGAUAGAGGAGAAGCACAUUCAUAACCGUAUGGUGCCUUGCCUUAUGCUAGAACUACAGGAUAGGAGGUAAGUCAUGCUUGGAUAUAUGAUAUCAACAAGAACAAUGGUUGGUAUUACAAUUCAUGCCGUAAUUGCAAACGGUUGAUCAAAGCAUGCGGAGACAAGUUUUGGUGCAAUAAAUGCCAAACAGUAGUGGAUGAUGCUGUUCCGAGGUAUCGUCUAGAUGUUGGGGUGAAGGAUGAUAACGAGUUUACAAGGUUUA